UGGGGGGUUUGUUUGUUUGUGGGUGUUUUUGUUUGGGUGGGCUUUUUUGUUUGUUUUCCCCCAAAACCUUCACAUUCUCCUAAAAUAAACAUAGCCCGGUGGUAAUGAAAUCAAUUUCCUUAGAGUUGGAUAGGGACUCAGCAGACAUGAGGUACUAUAGAGAUUUUUAGCUUCAGGAUAAACAGAGAAACUGACAGGUUUUUACAAUGCUGACCAAGAGUCAUAUAUCUUCAUCCAAACAUACAAAUGUAAACAUUUCAUGUAUUCACAACAAUGUUGUCUAUGUUCUAGAAAAGUUUUUACAGGUGUGGUGUUUAUUUGUGAUAGUUAAAUUCUCAUGGUGUCUUUGCUGGUGUACACUGGUAACAAAGUGUUAAUUUUUUUUUUCCAUGAAGUGAGUUUUUCUCAGCACCGGAUGUUUUCCUCUGCCUGUGUUGUGGAAGUAUCAAGUUGUUAAAUUGAAUUUAAAAAUGCAAGGUGCCUUGUUACUGUGCACAUAAACAUCUUCCAAACUCAUGGGAGACUUUUGAUGUUUACAGUUUAAUCCUUUAUUGACUUAACAUUUAUUGUUCUCCACUCUGAAAACUGUAAGUCGCUGUAUGUAACAUUAGUUUGUAGCUUAGUUAUAGUUACCUUUGAACCAUAUCUGAGAAGAUGGUAGUGAACUAUAACUUCAGUGAAAGGGAGUCAGUCUGAAUUACUUUAAAGGAACUGGAGUUUUUAAGAAAUGUUAACUCUGUUAUGUAAUCCAUCAUGCAUCCAGAUGAGGAAAAUGGAUUUAAUACCACAAACUGUGUAGAGCAUUUGAGAACUUCCUAUCUAAUGAUUAAAGACUAUUGAAUGCAUUGUCAUAGAAUAAAAAAUAAGAUGUAGCUUUGGAUAGAGGACAGCCUUGUAACCAAAGCACUUUACAUAUUAAUUUUUAAAGGAAUUACAGAAGGAAUGUGUUGAUCUUGUGUUAUUUCCACUGAUGCUUUCCCCAGGAAAUACAUAAUUUCCAUAAUGAUUUAAAGGAAGUAGAAGAUGAAUAGGCAUUUGAGAUACUUCUCUCACUGCUGAUGAGAUUCAGCUCUGUUGCCGGAGAAAGGAUGGAAUUUAUUGAAUGAAGUUGCAACAUUUCCCAGACAGAGGUGCCAUGUGGAAAUAGUAUGGCAUGUGCUCAAUGAAUUUGAAAUACCCAAGGUCUGACUGUCCCAUAGAAGACUUACUGGGUGUAAACCACAUGAUGACCUGAGAAUGCGCAGAAAGCCUAGUGUGUCCUGAAAGUGUGGUGGGGUUUAUGAGAUCUCUGCUGUGGAUCAUGUGAAACACCCUGGCAUAUGUCAAAUCCCUGGAAGGAUUUGCUUGGACUUUGUGACUAUAGGUGUUUUCCUGUCAUUUCUGGAAAUCUUUCACAAACAUCUGCAAUUAACUUGUUCUUCUUACCUAGGUUUUCUUUUCCCUCCUGUGUUUGGAGAAAUCUGCCUGUAUGGUUACCAUAUGUUCAUACUGUCUUUACUUGCAAGGAAACAAACACGCUUAGUGAAGUCUGCAUAUUGUUACUUUUGGUGUCUUAUUUUUACUGUAUUUUGUAUAUGAAACUAUUUCAGUUAAAAACUUCUGUCAAAUGUGUGUUUGCCUUUUUUUAGUGAUUUUGCUAGCAAUUAUUUUUAAGAUACAAAAAUGUAAAAUUAAAAAUUAGAGUAGAGACAAUUGUCGAUCUCAAUGUACUCAGUGUAUAUCUCAAGCAACCUGUGAUAAGCACAUGCAUUGUUUGUGGAUUUUUUUAAAUUACAGUUGUGUAGGUCAUCUCUGGCUUCUUGACUGGUUGACAUCAGACAUGUUUAUGUUGAUGUUGUGUAAUAUGGUUGCAGUUACAUAGUUGCAAUCAAGUGUAUAAUUAAAAUGUCUCUUUCAAGUGUUUAUCUGAAGUGAGGGUGAACUGUUCUCUAAAAUUGUUGAUUAAUCUUCCCUGUAGAUAUACGCUGUAUAUAAGGUAUAUCUUUAUGUAUCUCUUUAGUCAGUGCUAGCAGUUGACUUGUAUAUGUUUCUUGCUGCUUGGAGGAAGACUUCCCUUUCUUCUGGAGCUAUUACAUACCGUUUGCAUGCUGUCAAAUUGUCAUUUGUAAAGUCUUCCUUAUGGUGUGUUCUGCUAAAAUCAUAGAAUGGUUAGUGAUUGGAAGGCACCUUAAUGAUCACACAAUCACAGAAUGGGUAAGGUUGCUCAGAGCUGGCCUCUGGGCUGCAAGUGUACAUUGACAGCUCAUGUUGAGUUUUUUGAUCCACAAACAUCCUGAAGUCUCUCCCCAGGCCUAGUCUUGAUCCCUUCUGUACCCAGGCUGUAUUUAUGCGGGGAUUGCCUCGAUCCAGGUGCAGGACCUUGCACUUGGCCUCUUUGAACUUCCUGAGGUUUGCACAAGCCCCCAUUUAAAGCCUGUCAGGGACCCUCUGGAUGGCUUCCCUUCCCUCCAGCUCAUCAACUGCGCCACACGGCUUGGUGUCAGCAGCAAACUUGCUGGGGUGCUCUCAGUCCUACCCCCAGUAAAGAUGUUAAAAAUUUCCAUUUCAGUGCCGCUGCCUGAGGAGAAUCCACUCCUCACUGCUUUCUGUUGGAUAUUGAGCUGGUCACCACAACUCUGAGUCUUACCAUCCAGCCAAAUUUUAUCUACUGAAAGGUCCAUCCAUUAAAUCCACAUCUCUCUACCUUACAGGACAGUGUCAACUGCUUUGCACAAGUCCGUGUAUAUAACGUCCUGUGCUCUUCCCUCAUACACUGCUGCUGUAACCCCAUUGUAGAAGGCCACCAAAUUUCUCAGUCUGUUGUGUGUGCCUCUUCUGGAGACAGAACUGCAUCAGGAACCGUAUUAUGACAUUCAAGAUAAAGCAUAGUUUCCCGAAUGUGGUUUUUAUGGAAUGUACGACAAAAUCUUGCUCUUCCGCCAUGACCCUACCUCUGAAAACAUUCUCCAGUUGGUGAAAUCAGCUGCAGAUAUCCAAGAAGGAGACCUAGUUGAAGUUGUCUUAUCAGCUUCUGCUACAUUUGAAGACUUCCAAAUCCGGCCCCAUGCUCUGUUUGUUCAUUCAUAUCGGGCUCCAGCCUUCUGUGACCAUUGUGGGGAGAUGCUCUGGGGGCUGGUGCGUCAGGGACUCAAAUGUGAAGGAUGUGGUCUGAACUACCAUAAGAGAUGUGCAUUUAAAAUUCCCAACAACUGCAGUGGUGUACGGAAAAGACGCCUGUCAAAUGUAUCCCUGACAGGAGUCAGCACCAUUCGGACGGUUUCUGCAGAGCCCUCACCCAGCGUCUCAGAUGAAGCCCUUCUGUCUCCUGUCAGCCCUGGCUAUGAGCAAAAGACACCAUCAGAAUCAUACACUGGGCGAGAGAAGAGGUCAAAUUCACAGUCCUACAUUGGACGGCCUAUUCAACUAGACAAGAUUUUACUGUCGAAAGUUAAAGUGCCUCAUACUUUUGUCAUCCAUUCCUACACACGUCCAACAGUUUGCCAGUACUGCAAGAAGCUUCUCAAAGGGCUUUUUAGACAGGGUUUGCAGUGCAAAGACUGUAGAUUUAACUGUCACAAACGCUGUGCUCCGAAAGUGCCAAAUAACUGCCUGGGGGAAGUUGCCAUUAACGGAGACCUUCUUAGUCCUGGGGCUGAGUCUGAUGUGGUCAUGGAAGAAGGGAGUGAUGACAAUGACAGUGAAAGAAACAGUGGCUUUAUAGAUGACAUGGAAGAAUCUAUGGCUCAUGAUUCAGAGAUGUCAAUGACAGGAUGCCAUAGUGACAAUGGAGAAAUGCAGGAUGCUGAUCUGGAUCACGAUGAAUCUAACAGGAUGAUCAGCCCUUCAACCAGCAACAAUAUUCCAUUAAUGAGAGUGGUACAGUCUGUGAAGCACACGAAAAGGAGAAGUAGCACAGUAAUGAAGGAGGGUUGGGUGGUUCAUUAUACAAGCAAGGACACACUGAGAAAGCGACACUACUGGAGGCUGGACAGCAAAUGCAUUACACUUUUUCAAAAUGAUACUGGAAGCAAAUAUUACAAAGAAAUCCCAUUGUCAGAAAUUUUGUCUCUGGAACCUGCAAAAACUUUCACUUUGCUGCCUCAAGGAGCCAAUCCUCAUUGUUUUGAAAUAAGCACAGCAAAUAUAGUCUAUUAUGUUGGAGAAAACAUAGACAACCUCUCAAGUGUUCCACUGAAUAACAGUGUUAUCAGCAGUGGUGUCGGCAUUGAUGUGGCGCGAAUGUGGGAGAUGGCCAUACAGCACGCCCUGAUGCCUGUCAUCCCCAAAGGGGCAUCCACUGGGUCAGGAGCCAGCCUGCACAGGGAUAUAUCCAUCAGUAUUUCUGUGUCAAACUGCCAAGUCCAAGAAAACGUGGAUAUUAGCACUGUAUACCAGAUCUUCCCAGAUGAAGUUUUGGGAUCAGGACAGUUUGGAAUUGUUUAUGGAGGAAAGCAUCGCAAAACUGGAAGAGAUGUUGCCAUUAAAAUAAUUGAUAAACUAAGAUUUCCAACUAAACAGGAAAGUCAACUUCGUAAUGAAGUUGCCAUUUUACAGAAUCUUCAUCAUCCUGGGGUUGUAAAUCUGGAGUGUAUGUUUGAGACACCAGAGAGAGUCUUUGUUGUUAUGGAAAAACUCCAUGGAGACAUGCUGGAGAUGAUCUUGUCAAGUGAAAAGGGCAGAUUGCCAGAGAGAAUAACUAAGUUUUUAAUUACUCAGAUCCUUGUUGCUUUAAGACAUCUUCAUUUCAAAAAUAUUGUUCAUUGUGACCUCAAACCAGAAAAUGUGUUAUUGGCAUCAGCUGAUCCUUUCCCACAGGUAAAACUUUGUGACUUUGGCUUUGCCCGAAUCAUUGGAGAGAAAUCAUUUAGGCGUUCAGUUGUAGGAACACCAGCCUACCUUGCUCCAGAGGUUCUGAGAAACAAAGGCUAUAACAGAUCUCUGGAUAUGUGGUCAGUGGGUGUCAUCAUUUAUGUAAGCCUCAGUGGGACCUUUCCAUUCAAUGAAGAUGAAGACAUACAUGACCAAAUCCAGAAUGCUGCUUUCAUGUAUCCACCUAAUCCAUGGAAGGAAAUUUCUCUUGAAGCUAUUGAUCUCAUAAAUAAUUUAUUGCAAGUGAAAAUGAGAAAGCGCUACAGUGUGGACAAGACAUUAAGCCACCCAUGGUUACAGGACUACCAAACCUGGUUAGAUUUAAGGGAACUGGAAUGUAAAAUGGGGGAACGUUACAUCACCCAUGAAAGUGAUGACUCCCGGUGGGAACAGUAUUCAGAAGAACAUGGAUUGCAGUAUCCAGCACACCUUAUCAGUCCAAGUGCUAACCAUAACGAAAACACCAAGCUAGAAGAAACAGAAAUGAAAGCCCUCAGUGAGCGUGUCAGCAUCCUUUAAGUUACAUCCCCUAUAAUCUGUCAAAACACUGUGGAAUUAAUAAAUACAUACGGUCAGGUUUAACGUUUGCCUUGCAGAACUGCCAUUAUUUUCUGUCAGAUGGGAACAAAGCUGUUAUGCUGUUACACUGUUGAUAUAUCUGAGUUGCCAAGACAAAUCAACAGAAACAUUUUUGUGUGACCAACUGUGUUGUAUUUACAAAAGUUCCCAGAAACACUAAACUUGUUAUUGUGAAUGAUUCAUGUUGUAUUUAAUGUAUUAAAACCUGUCUCCACGGUGCCUUUGCAAACUAGUGUUUUUCUUACUUGAGCCUCAUUUUGGUAAGAGAGAACUUUCCCCGGGAAGAUCUUGGGGGUAUUUUGUGCAUCGUUAGUAUUGUAAUUGUAAGCAAACUCUUGAAGAGUAGAUUAUAACUGCUGUUCUGUGAACAACUUCUACCAUUUGGAUAAAAGCUUUAUUUAGUGUUCUAAAAAUAGAAAAGGCAAAAAAUAAUGAAUUGCAUAGAAUUGUACAGUUUCAGAUAACCUGUGUAUUUGUAUGUUCGUGUAUAUAGAUACACAUGCACACAGUAUAACUUGCUCUUAAACCUAAAUGCCUUAGUAAAAUAUCAACUGCAGCAUGUCAGUUGUAUUUCCCCUUUUCUUAAAAUAUUCUUCUCUAUUAUGAAUAUUCUCUAAUAUGUACAUUCAAAAGCUAAAUAACGUGUUGACUUUGUGUAUGUUUUCAAUAAAAGCCUUGUUAAAAUAGGUUCAUUGAUGAAACUGUCUGUUUAAAA